AUGGAAUGGAUAGCUAAGUGCAGCAUCUGCCAAGUCUUCGCCCGGAAGGACACUCGGCCGGCCACCUUCUACACGCCGGUCACUACAGCCAUUCCUUUAGCUAAAUGGGGAAUCGACUUAUUGGGACCACUACCAGCCGCCCCAGGAAACUUGAAAUUCUGCGUAGUGGCCAUCGAUUACUUCACCAAAUGGGUCGAGGCCGAACCACUAGCCACCAUCACCGAGUAUCUGUGUCGACGCUUCCUGUGGAAGAGGGUGAUUUGCCGCUUCGGCCUACCCGAGCACGUAGUGAGCGAUAACGGCAGACAGUUUGACUGCCAAGCUUUCGCCGACUUCUGUCGCCGGCAUAGUAUACGACACACCAAGGUAUCCGUCGCGUAUCCCCAGGCCAACGGGCAAGUCGAAAAUGUGAAUCAGACUAUAGUAGACGGGAUCUGGAAGAAAUUGGAAGACAUCGGGGGAAACUGGGCGGAUGAGCUCGACCGGGUCCUCUGGGCUUACCGAACUACACAAAGACGAGCGACUGGAGAGAGCCCAUUUUCCCUAGCAUAUGGCUUUGAAGCCAAGGUUCCAGUAGAGGUCGUGGAACCCACGUACUGGGUUCGCAGCUAUUCCGACGAAGAGAAUGAAGAGAGCCUUAGAAUUGAGAAGAACUUCCUGGAAGAGAGAAGGGAGGUUGCGUGCGCUCGGAUGGUUGAAUACCAAAAAACCGUGAAGAGGUAUCGCGACCGGAGGAUUCGCCCACGAGCCUUCCAGAGGUCUCCCUUCGGUGCUACUUCCUCUGUUCAACAGUCGCCGACCACGAUUCGUACAGAGAAUGUUCCGACUCCACUCAAUUCGCCGCCUCUGGGUACUGCCAGGGUGACUGCUCAGGACGGGUCCUUUGUGGAGGUGGCCGUCCCCGAGCAGUUGACCUUUCGUAGGACCUUCUCCAUUCCGCUUGAUGACCUGGAUGGACCGGCUACCGGCCUAAUGAAAGACGCCGACUUCGCUCGAUAUCUGGAGAUGUAUCCGGAUGACGAAGAGCCGGUGGCAGACGUUGAUGAAGCAGGUGAGAAGACGGUAGAGUUGGGUACUAACUGA